AUGAGUGAGGGGAUGAGUGAGCGGAUGAGCAAGAGGGUGAGCGAGAGGAUGCGUGAGGGGGUGAGUGAGAGGGUGAGUGAGGGGAAGAGUGAGAAGAUGAGGUCUCCCUCCCACCCCAUAUCUAAACCAGGGUCUCCCUCCCACCUCAUCUCUAAACCAGGGUCUCCCUCCCACCCCAUAUCUAAACCAGGGUCUUCCUCCCACCCCAUCUCUAAACCAGGGUCUCCCUCCCACCCCAUAUCUAAACCAGGGUCUCCCUCCCACCUCAUCUCUAAACCAGGGUCUUCCUCCCACCCCAUCUCUAAACCAGGUUCUCCCUCCCACCUCAUCUCUAAACCAGGGUCUCCCUCCCACCCCAUAUCUAAACCAGGGUCUUCCUCCCACCCCAUCUCUAAACCAGGGUCUCCCUCCCACCCCAUAUCUAAACCAGGGUCUCCCUCCCACCUCAUCUCUAAACCAGGGUCUUCCUCCCACCCCAUCUCUAAACCAGGUUCUCCCUCCCACCUCAUCUCUAAACCAGGGUCUCCCUCCCACCCCAUCUCUAAACCAGGGUCUCCCUCCCACCUCAUCUCUAAACCAGGGUCUCCCUCCCACCUCAUCUCUAAAUCAGGGUCUCCCUCCCACCCCAUCUCUAAACCAGGGUCUCCCUCCCACCCCAUCUCUAAACCAGGUUCUCCCUCCCACCUCAUCUCUAAACCAGGGUCUCCCUCCCACCCCAAAUCUAAACCAGGGUCUCCCUCCCACCCCAAAUCUAAACCAGGGUCUUACUUCCACCUCAUCUCUAAACCUGUUAUCGUCCCUGUUGCUAAUCCUGUUGGGAUCAGGAGUCUGGAGGAGGGAGAGGCUUCGGGAAGAUGUGACAUCGGCUAA